UCCUUGUUGUCGCCCGUACGUGCAUACUCUAGCAGUAUAAAAGGAGAUUGUGGUCUCACAGGAAUCAAAACUUGUGGAGAAAGAACAGUUUGUAUCGUCAAACACACUUAAGACAUGGAGUCAGAAGGCAUGAGUCCCCAGAAACAGUUCCAGGAGCACUUCUUCACCUGUGCUGCCCGGGGAGAUGUGAAGACCCUGGAGGAGGUGCUACAACAAGGGACGGUCAACAUAAACAGGACCAAUGACCACGGCUGGACUGCACUCAUGUUCGCGGCCAGGACUGGACAGGACAAGGCGGUCAGACUACUCCUGGACCAUGGAUGUGACACAACAGUGAUGAACAAGUCAUGCCAGACAGCAGCAGACAUCGCUGGAUUUUGGAACCACACAGCCGUCCUGAGUGAGCUGGAGAAGAGAGGACCAACAUCGGACAGUCAGGCACAAAACGUCUGUAACUACUUUGGCUACAACCCCCUGGACCGCUGUGCACACAUGAGAAAGGAUGCACAGUGGUUGGAGGAAAAACUCAGGGACCAAUCAACUGUCAUCCUGCUGUUCCACGAUCUUGGACUUGUGGUUGAGAAGCUCAAUGCACAACCAAGGUUCACUCAGCCAUGCCACUUCACUUUCAAAGACAUCUCUGCAACGCUUGAGGAACUGGGGACAGAGAAAGUUCUCGUGUUCCUUGGACUGGGGAGGCUGCAGUCUGACAACACAGAUGGACCAAGUCCUCACACAAGUGCCAAGGAGGAGCAUCUCACUGCAUGGUUUGCUCUGGAUGUCACGUCCAUUUCACAAGAGAAAAUCCUAAGCAUCAAAGAAGGAUUGGAGAUCGCCUCAUCUCCCUUCCCCGGCCUUUUCCAACUGCCAGAGAAAGAAGCGGGUAUCGUAGCCCAGGCCAGGUCCCUUCUGGCCUGGCACCAGCGAUACAAGUUCUGCCCAACCUGUGGCAGCGUGGCCGCCAUGGAAGAAGCUGGCUACAAGCGUAUGUGCCAGAAGGAGGGGUGCCCGAGCUUGAAGGGCGUACACAACACUGCCUACCCCAGGACUGACCCAGUGGUCAUCAUGCUCAUUAUCUCACCAGAUGGGAAGAGGUGCUUGCUGGGAAGGGGCAAAAGGUUCCCUGGUAGGAUGUACUCCUGUCUGGCUGGCUUCAUGGAACCUGGUGAGACCAUCGAGGAUGCCGUGCGUAGAGAGGUUUACGAGGAGUCCGGAGUGAGAGUCGGGCGUGUGCAGUACCACUCCAGCCAACCCUUCCCACUCCCGGCAUCACUCAUGAUUGGUUGCCUGGGUUACGCCACCUCAGAAAACAUCUCCGUGGACAAGGAGGAGUUGGAAGAUGCACAGUGGUUCACCAGGCAACAGGUAGCAGAAGUGCAGACAGGUGCCCCCCUCCCCACCGAUGCCCUGACUAACCCACGUGCUGAAGGCCCCAGUUUCUUCCUGCCUCCAGCCCAGGCCAUCGCACAUCAGCUGGUCAAGGCAUGGCUCAGAAUGUCUCCUAACCUUUAACCCUCAAACAACCAAACGGGGUCCAUUUAGACCCCAGGCGUAUAUUUUUAUGUGCUAUUUGAAAUUUUUUCAUUCGAAAAAAAAUUCCUCCCGUGACUUUGUCGAUAAACAUCUUCUACAAGUUCUCUAAAUUUUUUGGAGAUCAGCACAAAUUUGUAAAAAUAACAACGGAAGUCUUAAUGUAAGACCAUCUGGGGUCCAAACUUUCCUACACACAAAAUUGUUCGGAUGUUAUUGCUUUAAC